AUGCAAUUCGGGUUGAACGGGGAAAGAAUAAUAAUUAAACAGUUCCUUAUAGAACCCACUACUAAUCAAAAUUAUCAAAUCAACAACCAUUCAAUCAAUAUGGAAACUCUAGAAAAGGAAACCAGGAAACGAUCAUUAACCGACAAUUUAGAAACAACCACCCAGUUAAACAACACUGAACAUACAGUAACAAACUCUCCAGAACAAUUAAAAUCAGAUUCAAUUAUCACUACGUCUACUUCAGCCACUCAGAUACAAAAUGAAGAAGGUAUCAUAAGGCAAUUGAGUACAACAACCACCCAAUCCAAUGUUGUCACCGCUGUCAAUGAAUCGCACGUAAACACCACAAUUGUUGAAGAAAUCCCCGAAAUUGAUAAUCUAAGGGAUGUAACAGAAUCUAAAGAAUAUAUAUAUAUAUUAAGUAUUAUAAUGGGGAUAGUAAUAUUGGUCAUGAUUAUAUCAGCAAUUUAUAUAGCACGUUAUUAUAAAUUGGUAGAAAGAAAUAGAUUUAAUUAUUUAAAUACAAUAAAUCCUACUUCUUAUAAAUCUUAUGAUGAUAUAGACAUCGCAGAAACACGGUUAUAA